CGCUCCCCUUGUCCCAGCCCAGUGACGUCACUGCAUCCGCGGCCUCCAUCUUGAAGCCGUGGCCUCAGAGUCCGGUCCUCCCGCCCCGGGCAGCGGCCUCCCCGGUAUCCGCCUCCAUCUGGAGUCCGGGACCAGCACCGGCCCAGGGUCAGCAUGGCGGGUGAGAGAGAAAGACGGGGGAGGGCGUUCGGCGGUAAUAUUGGGGGGUGGGGGCUGUUUUUUUUUAUCUGCAGUUGAGGUGGGUUUGUGAGCAGCCAGCCCGGGUGAAGCCGAUCCACACACUGGCACAGAGCACAUAGAGCACAUAGAGAGAGCCUGCCGCCUGCUUACUGCACAGCUCAGUGCUGGGUGCAGCUCAGCUCAGCUCAGCUCAGCUAUAGCAUAGCUGGAUAUAUCAAAUAGAAUAUGUGUAUAUAGAUAAUGAAUAUAAUCAUUUUCAUCUGGCCGAGGUGUGUGCAUAUCUAUCUAUCUAUCUAUCUAUCUAUAUGAUGUCCAUUUUACUACAUUCUACAGAAUGGUACAAUAGGUAAUGGUGUCCUCUGUUUCUCAGAUGGCUAACCUUUUGGCACCGCACCUGUGUUGCAGACUACUGUUCUUAUGAUGCUCAGGCAACCAUUGAACUGGCUGAGCAUAAUGAGAACUGUAGUCUGCAACACAUGGAGCGCCAAAUGUUACUCAUCCCUGUUAUUAAUCUCAAAGACUAUUGCACUGUGUCAUACUACCAUAGAUCACACACACUCUUUAUUUAAGAAUGUGUGUUCUUCAUUCACACAUCAUUGUGCAUGCACAGGUAUCCUAUAUUAUGGUGACUCUGUUGCUCCUUUAUUGAAAAAACGCUUAUAAAAAGUGAGUUGUGUAGGGUGGCAUUGAUGUUAAUUCAGCUUACAACUAUAUAAUAUCCAUAAAUGUCUCUAGGAAAAGAUUAGAUAAUUGCCUAUGGUAAAUAUGGUCUGGAACACUGAAUCAAAGGUGGUUAUGCCAAGUUUUCAUUGAAUGUUAUUUUUUUUACAAGUUAUGAAACCUCUAAUUGAAGCAGAUAGAGAUAUAUAUAUAUAUAUAUAUAUAUAUAUGGCUUGUGACUGUUAAUACCCACCCACACAAUGCAUCAUUUGUUUCAAGGGAUUGUGGGUGAUGGCAUGUGAAUGGGCAGUGUCUUAUGUCAAUCUUGACUUUUUGUGACCAUAACAUAUAGUUUAACAAUUGCUUAGAAGUGUAGAUGUACUAUAUAAUAGUGAACAACCCCAUAUGGUAUACUAGUUGAGUUUAAUUCUAAGUGAGGGUUUUUUGUUUUUAAUGUGCUUGAAUGGAUCCACUGUCUGUUUUGCCAAGCUGGAAUAAAUCAAUUCCUCCCUGUCUUAUCCCAUUACUUUGCUUCUAUUUAGAAAGGAUGUAAAAAAUUGUCCUCCACAUCAGAAAUGGAGUUAUUUUAUUUAACCCUCUUGGUGACAGAUUUUUGAUUAAUGUAUUGUGGACCCUUCUGGUUAAGUCCCAGUGUUACCAAGUUUUCUCCUCUCUAGGAUAAAUGUGUGUAUGUAUAGUCUUAACAGUUGUAAGAAAAACUGUAUUCAUCUAUGUUAAUACUGAAAACCAUUUCUACAAACCGGUAUACAUACAUACAUUCUUCUCUUGUUGUUCCUACCUAGAUUUGUACAUUCUUUCAUGAGUGAUUCUAUUUUCAAACCAAUUACCUAGUGAUGACUUUAUUAUACAAGGUCUUCAGUGUAUUUCUCAUGUUGCCGGCCAGACAUUUUACUGGAUGUCCAUCAUAGGAAAGAAACAUGGUGCACAGGAUCUAGCAUGCCAGCUUUGUAGCAAUCAUGGUUUUUAAAACCAUCUCUCUAUCUUUUCAAUGCCUAAUGCUGUCCAUUCAGGGUUUUUGUGGUUAUCUUCACCCUCCUACACGUUCUCUUUAUGACAAUUCUAGAUUCCUUAACUACAAGAGAUGUAGAGGAAAAAGUCAUUGGAAGGAUAAUGCAACUAUGUAUUUCCCCCCACAAAAUAGCCCCUCCUUUUGAAUAAGGAAAAAAGAGGCAUUGCCGCUUCCCCCGUCAGUAACCUCACAGGAAGACCGUUCCCACCAUCCUGUGCAUGCAGCUCCCACCCCCACACUCCCUCUCUCAAGGGAAGCCUCCUUUCUUUGUACACUAUGACAGGGAUUUCUUUCCCCCCUCUCCAUCACUCCUGCACAUCCUUUCUCUUGCAUGGAUCAAACAUUGUGAAGAAGUCAGGUCUGACUAAAGAGCUUAACUCUUUAAAAUGGAUAAAAGCAUAGGUACCAACUUUAUAAUGAACUGGGCUUCCUCUGGAUCUUCAAAAUCUGGGGAAUUGUGUAGAAGCUUACAUGGAAAUUUCCACUAAUAUGUGCUGUUGGGAAAAGAAAUCCAAUUACUUAUUUUUUUUUUUUUUUUUAAAUCUGCUCCUGCCUGUAACAUAGGGUGGACUACUUUUUACUUGCUGGUUGGUAACAUAUUUUUGAAAUCCCUGUGCAAUGCAAUUUCAUAACUACCGAGAGCCUAGGCAUGUUGUUACUUGGCUGUGUUCAAAUCCAGCAUGUUUCAUGCAUUUGCUAUUUGUAUAAACCAAUUCUUGACUCUGCUGAAGGGUGAGGAGUUAAGAGACUGAAACAUAGCCCCUUCCUGUAUCGGCGGAACUAGGAACUCUUUUCUGAGGGCGGUGCAGGUUUCUGUGAAUUGCAGCUGUAUUCCCAGGAGUAAUGUUCCAGAAGUUCUCUCCUCGAGCUGUCUUUCUGGGUAGUCUUCAUUUUAAUGUAUGGAAUCUGUGUGCCUGGAAUAGACAUGGUUUAGUGAAAACCUCACUCUUCCUAGUCUGAAGGCAGAACUUUCCUUUACUUGUUUGGACUUGUGAUGAAUUUUCUCCAGAUAAGGAAUUUUACCUGCUCUAUUUUACUCUGAAUGCGAAGUUUAAUGCAGCCACAUAUAUGCAUUUUCAUAUGUUGCUGUCUCCAUUUAGAAAGUUAUUAAAGUGUGUCUUAAUCCUGAUAUGUUUUAAUGCAAGUCUGGAGAGGUUCCAGUUAAUAUCAUACUUUCGGGUGGGGCAUACUUGAAAGUUUUUAGUUGUCUGAAUGAUUAGAGGUGUGGAUUUGCAGUUUGGAGAAAGGCUUUUAAAAUCCAGAUUAUUAUUUUUUUUUAUUAUUUAUCUUUCAGUUUUAAAUAAAAUAUUACAUUCUUAUAUAUGGGGUUGCAUACUUCUUUAGCAAGCUGAAUUUUCAGUUCUGCUGCAGUGAUCUAGAUUCUAGAACCUUUGGUUUGUGUGUAUGUAUAUAAUAUAAAAAGCGGUUCUUCCCUACUGCUAUUAAUAUGAUCACCAUCAAAUUGUGUUGCUGUAAUGGUAGUCUGUGCACUUGAUUAUCAGUUAAAUUGUAUUGGUACCAUAACGUGUGUGUGUGUGUGUGUGUGUGUGUGUGGUUUUUUUUUUUUUUUUAAGAAUCUCCUUGUGACUAACCCUGGUUCUCUCUAGGGGGGCCUCAUAUUUGUGCAGAGUAAGGCUUUCUUUGCACAUGUCUGUAGCUUGGUGCUGGUUUUAUAUUCCUGUACAGUCCAAUACCCUAUUGUUGGCAAUCCAAUGCUCAUUUGUCCGUGUAUGACUGGAAAGAUAAUACUGACCAAACUUCAUGAGAAAUAUUGCCCUUUGUAACUGUAAUGUUAAAGAUCAGCCAUUAAUCUUAAUAUCUGUUUUAGACUUGUUUGUGUAUAGCCUUAAAACCUAGAGGCAAAAUUAAGUGUGGCUCUUAUUCCCAUUGUGCUUUUUUUUAUUUUUUUUAUUUAAAGCUGUCACUUUGUCUUACUCCAAAAUAAGAUUGACGAAUUUUAGUGCUACAAAAUUAACUUGUCAUUUUUGCAUUUGUUUCUUAUAUUUUCUGCAAUAAAUAUAUUAACUAAUAAUGCCUUUGGUGCUUUUUACUGAUCAUAAUGACUUUAACCUAUAUAUUUGCUCUGACAUAGUUGUAAUUCACAGAGGAUAAUUCAGACAUCUCCCAUCCCCCUCCACAUUCCCCCUUCCCUCCCCCCCCACACCCCAUGUCCUCAAAAGCUCUUUGUUGGCAUUACUUUGUCCCCCUGCAUUCGAUUAACAUGUGGGGCAAGUGUGCAUUUAAUUCCUGGGACAUGAAUAAGCUUUUGGUUUUCUGUACAUAUUUUGCACAGAGACCUUUCUGGUCACUUAUAUAGUAUCUUUGUAUUUCUAUUUGACCUAAUUAUCUUGCCUGAGUUUUAGUUUAAAAAAAUUAUUUAAAAAAAUCCCCUUUUCUUUUUACCUCUUGAGGGUCCGUUAUUUUUCUUUAUUGUGGUUUCCGUGUUUCUCCUUUCUCCUACUCUUUCCAUGUGGCCUUGUCUCCAGUGUGCCAGACUGUCCUUUGUCUUGGUUAAAAUCUUUUUUUGAAGCUUGGGGCUGUCUGGUUUCAGGCCUAGUCCCAUUUUCAGUCAUUUGGAUCUCACUAAUUGCCAUUUGUGUUUUUUAUUUUCCUUUUAGGAGCUGGUGGAGGCAAUGAUAUUCAGUGGUGUUUUUCUCAGGUGAAAGGAGCUGUGGAAGAUGAUGUGUCAGAGGGUAAGUUGCAUUCAUUUAGGAAUUUCCCUGUGUAUAAAGAGAUCACUGACAAUGUUCUGCUGCUUUUAAAAAUUAUACAACUCAAGAAAAAUACUUCAGUUUUUAUAAAAGCUAUGUUUAGCUGGAGAGAAAGUUAUUUGUGUGUGUUUUUUUUUUAUUUGUGCUCACGGACCAAGGAUAACUGGGACAAAUAUAUCAUUAUUUUAUUAUAGAUCAUAGGGAUUGACCGAUAAUUACUUUUUUCUAGAGCCGAUACAGAUAAUCUGUGCACUUUUAGGCCGAUAGCCGAUAACUUACCAAUAUUCUGUACAUUUACCUUUUUUUUUAAAGAAACAAUUUGUAAACAAAUAAGCAAAUUUUUUAAUUUUUGUUUUAAGAAUAUUUUCCUUCCCAGUCCCUUAGUGUUCUUUUACCCUCACAUCCCAUCCAUAUCCCUUAGUGGUCCUUUUCCCUCCCUGGUGUGUAGCGUGGCCAACUGGAGCAGACUGUGGUUACUGUACCUGGCUGGACUGACAGGAAACUCUCUCUCAGUGAGCACUUCCUGUCAGGCUGGCCAGGUACAGGAAACUGAAGCUCCUGUACCGCGGUAUGCUCUACUCAACCACGCUACACUGAGGGACUGGUUGGCGGGAGCGCUGUGGGCUUCCUUCCUGCUGGUCACUCGACUCUUGCAACCCCACAGCUCAUACGCCUUAAGACGGUCGCCUUAUGGAAGCGCGUGCCCUGGGCCACCACUGCCUCUCACGUUAUUGGCAAUAUCGGAAUCAAUAAUGGGCAGUAUUAUAUAUUUGCCAGAAUCUAGAAUAUCGUCCGUUGUGUUUUUUUUUUGUUUUUUUUUUUAAAUAUAUAUUGGCCAAACCGAUAAUUGGUCGAUGCCUAAUAGAUAGUAGAAGAAAACCAUUAGGAACCUCCAGAAAGCAAACAUGUUCUGUUUUGAGACAAAUUAAAUUGUAAGUUAACAAUGCAUCAUGACUCAUACCUUGGGAUACCUUCUGUCCCUUAUAGGAAGGAGGUGUAAGUCAGUUGAUCUUAUUGAGAAUGAGGCCUAUGACAUAGAUGCUAUAGCUGGUGCUCUUGCUAUUGAGCUGCCUCAUCAACUUAAAUCAUGAUCCAUCAUGUGGUGAGGAGUCAAACGUUUACAUACAGUUCACUUCAGAUUACCAGGAUCCCUUUGGUCUUCAAUUAUUUUGCCAAAGUGAAUUUCCUAUUCUGUUUUAUCAGUAUCAGUUUUUUGUCAGUGUGGACAUUAGCUGAGAUGGUAAUAUUGUUAUGGUGCUUAGCAUCUUAAAGCUUAUCUCAAUGUAAAAUUGUGAUUCUAGAAGUUACCUAGACCCUUUCAUCUCAAUGAAGUAGUUGCGGUGCAGCAGCCCUGUCCUUUUAACUCUGCUAUGUAAAACACUGCAGUUUUUUUUUUUUUUUUGCAUUGUUUACAUUGCAGGGUUAAAUCCACUUCUAGUGACUUACAUACUAAUGACCAUUAGAGGUACUUCCUCUGCACCAACAGAGUAAAGUUUGUGAAAGCCCAUAGGAAAGCAGUUAAUACAGUGCCUUCCUAAGAAGAAGCUUGUAUUUGCAUGUGGCGUCAGGUCCCCAGUGCUUAACUAUGAGGAUUAUUGGGCCAUACCUCCUCAAUGAUAUUGCAGGUAGGUAGGAUAUCCUUUUGUGUUUCAAUAAAUUCAGAUUGACACUUGUCAGAGCAGCAUGGCUCUGUAAUAGAACAGAUUGUCGCUUUUGUCCUUUACAGUUUAUCCAACAAUGGCCAGAGCUUGAAUUGAACAGUAAUCCCUGAGAGAGUUUGUGUAAUAGUUGGUUGUACCAGUGGUUCAAGAAUAGGGAACAUGCAGUGUUGAGAUCACAAAGCCAAGAGAAAAUGAUCGUGUAGACUUCUAUAAACACGCAGAUUUUAUUGGCUUGGCCAAAGUCCAUCAUACAGGCAGAGUUUGGCACUAGCCUGAGUACUUGUGAUGUGGGUGCAUCUGUCAUUUUAUUCUUGUACACAGGGGAUCAGGGAGGUAUUUGUUGUUGCAGUUAAAGAUUAUUUACGUGUGUGUUUUGUCAGUGUCCUUUUUUUAAACGAGUUCUGCACACCAUGAGAUGUAUUGCAUGGGUUAGAGUAAUGUCUAUAAAUAGGUCUGAGUGAAUGAUGCAGCCAUUGUAACUUUGAAACAGAUCAUUUUACCUUGUCUUUUGUGGCUAUAUGUAUAUGGAGGGACAUGCAGCCAAUCUUUGUUCUAACAGUCCUUUUAUAUAGCUCUUAUCAAAGUAUGUUUCUGAUUGGAUUUCACCCAUUCUUUUAAUAAUAUUAAAAUAGUAAACCACUAAUCACAUUUAAAGGGAAACUAUAGUGCCAGGAAAACAAACUCCUUUUCCUUGCACUGUAUCUUCACCUUCUGUCAAGAACCCCCUCAGCGGUGCUGAAAGGGUUAAUAACAGUCACUUACCUGGAUCCAGCGCCGAUGUCCCUAGGCGCUGGCUCAGCUCCACCCAUGCUCCUCGUCCACUGGCGGGAGAGACCUAAUGCUCAUGCGCGUCAAUCGCCAUAGGAAAGCAUUAAAAAAUGCUAGACGUCCUCAAGCGUCGUUUAGACGACCAAAAGUCGUCUAAGAACCCGGAAGUCCCUCUAAUGGCUCUGAUAUAUAUAUACACACACACACCCCAUUAUAUAACAGAUAUUUUUACUUACCGUAAAUUUUUUUUUAUUUUAUUUUUUUAAUAUGGUGGCAGUACUACUGGGUUUUGCUCCUCCCUGUGGACAAGACAUCUAACAAGUAAUUAAAGAUCAAAAAGACCCUCCCCCUUGCCCUAUAAAAUGAUGUACCACAAAACCUACCCCAUACGUGACAAAAAAAAGAAACACAGACAAAAUAUAUACUGCAAAAUUUAUUUAAUAAAGAGGGAGGGAAGCAGUACUGCCACCAUAUUAAGAAAAAAAGAAUUUACGGUAAGUAAAAAUUUGUUUUUUUUUUGUCAUAUGGUGGCAGUACUACUGGGAUAUAGCAAGAUCCCCAACUGGGCGGGACUUGGGCCACCACAGCUUAUAACACCUUACGCCCAAAAGCUGCUUCAGAGGCAGAGAAUAUGUCUAGCCGAUAGUGCUUGAUAAAAGUGUUAAAAGACUACCAGCAUGCUGCCUUGCAAAUGACCUCUGGAGAUGCAAGUGCUUUUUCUGCCCAUGAAGUAGCCAUUGCUCGAGUAGAAUGGGCCUUAAGUGUAGCUGGAGACUGAAGACCUGCUGUAGAGUACACCAAUUCUAUAGCUUAAAUGAGCCAACGGGAUAGGGUACCACGGGAAGCCACAUUCCCCUUGAGGUGACCCUGAAAAUUAAUAAAUAGAUGAUCCGAAAUUCUGAAUUCUUUCGUUCUGGAUAGGUAUACAAAUAAAGCUCUUCUGAUGUCCAAUUUCUGCCAUUUGAGCUCUUGAGGAGAUGAAGCUUCGCUAUAGAACGAAGGUAAAAUAAAUCGGCUGAUUAAUAUUCUUAGAAGAUAACAGUUUGGGUCUUGGAUAAAGAACAACCUUGUCUUGGUGGAAAUUGGUGAAUUUAUCCGAGGAGGACAGAACAUGAAGUUCUCCCACUGUGAUGGCUACCAGAAAUGAAACCUUAAGAGACAAAACUUUUAAUGGAACUUCCAAAGGUUCAAAGGGAUGAACACUAAGAGCUUGUCGGACCAGGGAAACACAGAUCGUCUAGGCGGUUGUUUGAGGCUGUUGGACCUGAAAAAUCUUCUGAUGAAAACAUUGGAGGCCAAAUCCCUAAUUAGAAAAUAACUUAAGGCUGAUAUUUGAACUUUGAACGUGGAGAUUCCCAUACCAGCUGCAAAACCGUCUUGUAAAAAAUGGAGAAUGUUAUCUAUGGAUGGAUGUAUGUAAAACCGGGCACUGGUGUUCUUUACACCAGUGGAGAAACUUAGACCAAAUCUAAGACCACACACACACACACCAUUAUACACAUACACACACACACACACACACACACCAUUAUACACAUAUGCAUACAUACACACACCCCAUUAUACACACAUACAUACGCACACGCACCAUUAUACACAUAUACAUAUGCACACGCACCAUUAUACACAUAUACAUACAUACAUACGCACACGCACCAUUAUACACCUAUACAUACAUACAUACGCACACGCACCAUUAUACACCUAUACAUACAUACAUACGCACACGCACCAUUAUACACAUAUACAUACAUACGCACACGCACCAUUAUACACAUAUACAUACAUACAUACAUACGCACACGCACCAUUAUACACAUAUACAUACAUACAUACAUACAUACGCACACGCACCAUUAUACACAUAUACAUACAUACAUACAUACGCACACGCACCAUUAUACACAUAUACAUACAUACAUACAUACAUACAUACAUACACACGCACCAUUAUACACAUAUAUAUAUGUAUACAUACAUACGCACGCACACGCACCAUUAUACACAUAUACAUACAUACAUACGCACGCACACGCACCAUUAUACACAUAUACAUACAUACGCACACGCACCAUUAUACACAUAUACAUACAUACAUACGCACACGCACCAUUAUACACAUAUACAUACAUACAUACGCACACGCACCAUUAUACACAUAUACAUACAUACGUACGCACACGCACCAUUAUACACAUAUACAUACAUACGUACGCACACGCACCAUUAUACACAUACAUACAUACGUACGCACACGCACCAUUAUACACAUACAUACACACACACACACACGCACCAUUAUACACAUAUGCAUACAUACAUACGCACACGCACCAUUAUACACAUAUACAUACAUUCAUACAUACGCGCACGCACCAUUAUAUACAUACAUACGCGCACGCACCAUUAUAUACAUACAUACGCGCACGCACCAUUAUAUACAUACAUACGCGCACGCACCAUUAUACACAUAUACAUACAUACGCACACGCACCAUUAUACACAUAUACAUACAUGCACACGCACCAUUAUACACAUAUACAUACAUACAUACGCACACGCACCAUUAUAUACAUACAUACAUACGCACACGCACCAUUAUAUACAUACAUACAUACGCGCACGCACCAUUAUAUACGCACACACUACACGAACACACUCUGCAUUCACUAUGCGCGCACACUACAGAAAAAACACACUCUGCAUUCACUAUACGCAAUACAAACAGCUCCCCUGUCUAAACACACUGCAUCCACUACAUGUGACAUGUAUAUUUUGUGCAUUUACCUUUUAGAAAUAGUUUAAUUUUUCAAAAUGGUAAAUGUACAGAAUAUCGGUAAAUUAUCGGCCUGAAAGUUAACAGAUUAUCGUAUCGGCUCUAAAAAAGACAGGUUUUGCAAUGAAUUCUCACAAAACCAGAAAGUAAGUGAUACUUUCAAUAUGUUUUAUAGUAGUGUUUAGCCUUUUUUAAGCUGCAAAUUUUGGGGAAUUUGAAUUGGUUUUUCUGCUGUAGAAGUGAUAACUGGCAUUUCUUAUGCAUUAAAUAAUGCACAUUAGUGCUUUCGGAGCAAGAACAUAUCUACUGCAUGAUGGUAUGGAAGUUCAGAAAGGAUUGGUUAAUCUAUGGAACAAAAUUAAAGGAACCCACUUGUAGUUCUGGUGCCGAGAAUGCCUAGUCACCCCCUCAGAGUACCUGCUUACUGAAUCUUUUAAAGAUGGCAGCUUACCUGGGUGCCCAGUUCUGCUGCCUCCAUUGUUGUUCAGAAUAGAAGGAGCUAAACUUGUUUUGGUGCUAUAGAACCUCUUUAAAUUAUUAAGAAUUGAAGGGUGUUACACCCAGACACACCGCAUAAAAACCUAACUUACACAUUGCUUUAGAAAUGUGGGUCCCUGGAGUUCUUUCCAGUUAAAGCAGCUUUUUCGCUUCUCAGUAUUUCAUAAAUAUCUAAUCUUUAUGAAAUACAGAUGCUGAGUGUGUUGGAAUUUAAAUGAAAUUCCAGUGCAAUCCAAGAUGUCAUAAGACCAGGUAAGAAUUCUUAUGUCAUCUUAUGGUAAAGGCUGCAGAACUUUGCCGUCUACUUUUGUCCAUUCCCAACAUCCAUCACAAGUGACAUCUGUGGGAUGCAGGCUUGGUCUCUCCUCUAUUGAGGCCAGAAUCCUUUAACCCCUUAAGGACCAAACUUCUGGAAUAAAAGGGAAUCAUGACAUGUCACACAUGUCAUGUGUCCUUAAGGGGUUAAAGACUUCAGUGUUUGCUUGCAGUCCUUGGCAAAUGAGGCACCAGGUGCAAAGGAGAUCUUUAGGAUGAUGAUGGCCCUGAAAGUGACAUUUGCUUUUAAGUGUAUUGUGAACAGGAAUCUAUAGUUCUUCAAUUCUAACAAACACAAUGUACUAACCCUGACCUAAAACAGAUAUUAAAGGGACCAAUUGGCUGAUUUUAUGAUUUGAAUUUUCCAUUUCGUCAGACGUGGUGACUGUUCUGGCAUUUUCCUCUUCAGUUCUGUCUAAUUUCCCCGCCCAAAGGGAACUCCCAGACCAGUUUUCCUAGUCUCCUGUCGCCACAAGUUUGUAGUUUUAUUUUAGAUCGGAAACAAACUAUAUACAUUCAUAUUCCUGAUUUAGUCCUAAUGUGUGGGGUUCUCUUUCCCUAGUAGUUGUUGCGUAAAGGUACAUGGUAGGCUACAAUUGAUCCAUUUUAUAGAUUCAAACAUUCAAUCUCAAAGGAUAUUUAUCUUAGAAAUUUGUAUUGCAUGUAUAACCAUAUGGUUUGUGAGUGUUUUUGUUGAUUUAGGGUUCCAUCUGUCAGGAAUUUUUUUUAAGUAAAAUGAAUCUCUAGUUUAAGUACCUAUUACCACACAGAAAUGCUUCCAGGCUAUGUCCUUGCUUGACUGGGUCACAUUAAUUGCCUAAGAUUAUUAAAGGGUUACUCAAUGCAUCAUAACCACUACUUGACAAAUCCCAGGUCGCCAUGGCGACUAAAAAUUUUGCCCUGGUGCCUGGGAUUUGUCAGCUUUUUAUCUAAAACGGCCGACUGGGCAAAUAAUGGAGCCGGCUGUCCACCCGCGGGAGCAUGCUACAACCCUCAGUGAGCCGGCCACCCUGGGCUCUAUGGAGGCUGCCGGCUUAGUGAGCGUUGUAGUUGUCCGCCCUCGGCUUUAUGGAGGCUGGGGCAGCGUGCAAGGUAGCAGUGAUCUUCCAGCGGCUCCUUUCUGCUCCCUUGCUCUGUUUAAUGAUGCCGAUAGCUGGAAUAGGACGUCAUUCCGGCCCCGGUAUCACGUAGCAGAGAGAAGCUGCAGGUAGAUUACUGCUCCCUCGCAUGCAGGAAGAGAGAGCAUCCCCACUGGACCCGGAGGAAAGUGCACUCAGCUGUCCCAAAGGUAUGGAAGCUGGGUGGAUUAAAAUAAAAAAAUUAAAUUUGUGUGUGCGCCUCUGUCAGUGUGUGUGUGUGUCUGUUUAGAUCCCUCCCCCCAAUGAUCACAUGAUUGGUGUUUUUACUCACCUUUUUUUCCCUACGCCGUGCAGGUUUUGCCGUGGCUUGUCCCGCCUCUAUUGCCGAGUUCAUCAAUCUUUAUGAUCUCAGCUAAGCCAAUGCUUUCCCAUAAAAAAGCAUUGGGUGAAUAUUGAGCAUGUUCUGUAUGGGUAACAUUCAGCGCCUCCAUGCAGAGCACUGACACAGGACUCUCUGGUGGCCGUCUGUGUGACAGCCACUAGAGGUCUUAGUAGGCAGCAAUGUAAACACUACCUUUUCUCUGAAAAUACAGCCUUUACAUUGCAACGGCUAUAGGCACCAGAACCACUACAUUAAGCUAUAAUGGUUCUGGUGACUAUAGUCUCUGUUAAAAAAACAACUUUUUUUUAGCUGGUUCUUUGAUUCCGAACAAAUUUGUCAAGCCCUUUGCUAGGAGUACCCUGGCCCCUUUUACCCUGUCAUCCAGUGACUACAUUCGACUACUGCAGAGUUGCAGAAGGUGGAUGUCUUAUCUUGCCGGCCAUUCACUGGCGGAGGGCUUCAGCUGACCAAUCUUCAGCCAAUGAAUGCAUUUAUGUGCAUAAAACUAUGCACAUAAUGGAUGUCAGCCAGCAUUGUAUCCUUUGACACUGCUAGAGGUAGAAUUGCAUCUCCGGUAGCAAAGGUGCUAAACUGUGUAUGUGCAGUGUUUCAAAGCGAAAUGCUUCACAUACAGACUACAGCACCAUGACCACUUCAAAUCACUGAAAUAGUGUUAAACUAGAGGUAUAGUUAGUCUCUAUGAAAGCUGAAAUGAAAAUAAACAUUUUAUUUUUUUGGAGGAAAAAGAGGGCUGGGUAAGCAAUGAUUAUAAAUGUGGAGAAUUUCAAGAAUUUAAACCAUUAUUUUGCCAUGCCUUCUAUUAUUGCAAUGUGAGUAUAUCUCAUGUCUGAUUCUUAACUACUAGCCAAGCAAGGCCUGAAAGUUAGAGGCAUAGAACCAGUAUAGGGGUGGGUGAGGUUGUUGUGCGCAUUUCUAUAAUUGCAGGUAUGUGUGUUUGUCAAUAAAUGCCAGGAUAUUUUUGAUGGUUAGUAUACACUUGUGCUUACUGCUGCCACUCUGAGAGGUGUGUUCAAUAGAGCGCAUACUAGACUUGCAUACUGGCCAAAAAAAACAGUGUACAAAACAUACAAAACCCUCCAGUCACAGAGCACAUCAAAAUGAUGAGCACUAAAUGGGUGGCUAUUUUCAAACACACAUUCCUAUGUGUGCAUGGCUUACAUUUUUUGAGUCCUAUGCUACUAGCUAGACCAGGAUUAGGCAAACUAUGGUACGUUUGCCAUGCACAGCACUUGAAAUGUCUUUGCACGGCACUCAAGACUGCUAGAGCCAAACAAGCUCUGGCCUAUCAGGAGUCCCAGUGAAACUUCAGAUAUUUGCGAAUACAAAAAUGUGGUGAAGGGCAAUCUUCGAUUUAUGCAUUACAGCACGCAGAAGAAGUGAUCUCAUAUCCCCUCCUCCCAGCACUUUGAAUAGGAAUCCACACUGUAGUAGAGCAGCCCGCAGCGGCUGUUGCAACUUCUGCCCUUGACCAGUACCUGGCCAGCCUGGUCCCCAUUGGAACCCAGGGAAGCCACCCACACUGCUAGAUUUUCACAGAAUAACCCUCUGCUCAUACAAAUAAUACAAACAUACACACAAUUCCCACAAACUCAACACCACUUACAAUCCACAUGCAGCCUCUUACAUGCAAUACCCCAAACAGCCCCUCAAAUACACACACUACCAAACACACAAUGGGACAUAUCCAUUUACACACAAUUCCACAAGCAGCCACCAUACACAGGACACAUUCAUAGGUAUCAUACACAACACCACAAACUACUUGUGAACAUAUACAAAAUAAUAGCUCAUAUACUCACAAAUACUAUACAAAGCAACUCUAUUAUAAAUAACACAAGCAGAAAACGGCAACAAACACUCCUCAAUUUAAAAAAAAAAAUAGGACCUGCACGCUACGGGACAUCACAAUCUUAUUUCGGCACAGUGCUGCUAAAAGGUUGCCUACCCCUGAGCUAGACCAUGAAGGUUACUCACCACUACCAGUUUGGAGGGUUUAUGGGUGAAUUCUACUAGCCAUCCUGAAUUUUCGUAUGCCCAAGGCUAGUGUUGAGCGGAAAUUUUGAUUUGUGUGUAUAGACAUAUGUCCUCCUUGUGCUCUUAUUGAAAAUCCUUUUUUCAGCUGGAGACUGCCUACGUGCACACACUUGAUUUGGAACAAAGAACCCAGUUAUAUACUGCUGUUCUUUCAUUUCCACUCAUCUCAGUGUUGCACACUCUAGCUGCUUCCAUGAGCAGUAGUAUUUGAUGACAUUAUGCAGUCUGUGACUUGCUUAAAAUGGAUACAGUGCUAUACAUUGCUUUUAGUUUACUCAAUUCAAUGGCAUAUUGGCUGUAUUAAUCUAUGGCCUUUACCUGCUUGGUAUCCACAGCAAAACAUUUACUUCUUACUAUCUGUGCUGCUACAUAAGUGGUAUAAAAUACUUGUAUGCUGUCUUCUGAUAUUUAAAAACCAUGUUUAUAUCCGACUUUUUAUUGGUGGAAACUUAAAAUGUGGUUUGUUAUUGUAUGUCUGUCCAUUGAAUUGUGAAUCGUUCAUAUGAGCAGUUUGAUUUUAUAGGGAGGCAUAAUCAUGUGACCCUAACUUUAAAAUACUUUAAAGACAAUCAUAAUGUGUAGUUGCUUUUUUUUGUGAAUUUUUAUUUUUGUUGUGCAUCUGCAUUACAAUACAUUUUGCUAAAUGAGAAUGUGGAGGGGGGCCUACUGUCCUCCCUCUUCCCCAUCUCCCACCCCUGAGCAGCUGGGGAACGACGAUGACCACCUAUUGUUGUUUGGAAUUUUCCCACGCUGUGUAAAAUGACACAGAGCAUUCUGGUUGGAUUUCAAGCCAACCAAUCAGUGCCGUGACAGGUAAAUGUAGAGACUUGCCUGUCAGUCUCUUCAUUUACCUGUCAGAGCACUCUGUUUGGUUGGCUUAAACCAACCAAUCAGAGUGCUCUGAGCCUAAUUGCAGCGAUAUCCUGCCUAUGCUGGGCCGGGAGAUCGUCCUCCUCUCCCUUCCACAACGCCUGUCAGGCCACUUAAGUUUUCACAUUAGUUUUUAUUCUUUAUGAGUAACUUAAAGUUCUGAAUGAAAAAUUAUGCAUCAUAGCCGCUUGCAUCAUUUUCCUACAUCUUGGAAGAGAAAGAUGUUCUAUCUUUUAAUCAUAAAAUUCCUGCUAUUACAUUGGCACACACGAAAUAAAAUGACUUUCAGAUCUUCAAUGUGAUGAGCAUUUCAGUCAUGCAGGACCUGAUGAGGUUCAAUAGACUGUAACCCAUGAGUGGGCUGCUUUUCAUCUGCAUAAUGGUCGCAGGUAGAGUCCUCUCCAGUCGCCCUCUCCAUUCACCAGUUGCAUUGUGUAAUGCUUAGGCUGACACAAAGCAUGAGGCUCAAUGCACCAAUACAUAGUGAUUGUCACAAGUAUUUUUUGUUACUGAGAUCCCACUGCAUUGUUUGAUAUACUCUAAAAUGUUCACCUCUGUCACUCAACCAUAUAUGGUUCGGAAAAACUGGCCAAAAUUAUGGCCAGUUUUUAAAUGUUUAAAAUUCAAUUUGUGAUAUGCAGGUUAUGUAAACACUAUUUCUUGAGUUUCUGUCCCCAAGGAAAAUUUCUUAAAGGACAACUAAAGUCAGCCAGAUCAUCUAUUCUCAGUGAAGUGGUCUGUAUGCAAUGGUGCUGUCGUUCUAACCUGCAGUGUACAACACCUCUACUAGUUGUCUUCCAUAUAUGCACUAGAGCAACAGAGUAAAAUGUGUUCACAUGACGUGCAACUCAAAGGAAAGUAUUGAAUUCAAAGCUUUCCUAUGAGAAGAAUUUGUAUGUACGUACUGCCUGUUGUAGUUAUGUGAGAAGUACUAUUGAGCCAUUCCUGGUAAUGGGGAAAGUUGGUUUAAAACAGUUUGCCUUGUUACUUGGGUUCCAGUGGAACACAGGCUCUCCUCUACAGUAGGCUUAAGUAAUCUUGCUUCUUCAGAGCUGCAGAAAUCAGAUUCUAUUCCUGCUAUUCCUUCAUUGCUGAGCGUUCUUUGCCAAUGAAUGCCACUCUUCGUGUAGAAUUUUCCACAGAAUUGAGUUUAGCCAGACAGAACUCUUGUUCUGAAUUGGCUAAUGGUGCCCCAGUGACACUGCUGUAGGUGGAGUUGCAACUCUGCCAACAAAAGGUUAAACUUGGCACGUGCGUUUCAUAGUAAAAUGAUGCACAUACAGACUCCAGAUGCCAUGAUAUCCAAAAAUCACUUGUCCUAUAGGUUCAUUACCUCCUCCCCCCCUUCUUGGUUCCUUUAUUGCAGAGUCUUUCAUUUAGAAUUGAUUAUAUCCUGCUCUGUUAAUUGCUUCCUAGAGUCUCCUACAGGUGUAGACAACCUUUGGCAGUCCAGAUUUUGUCAAUUACAUCUCCCAUGAUGCCAUACCAGAAUUGUGGCUGAAAGCCCAUUAUGUGAGAUUUAGUCCAUAAACUCUUGUGUUGAAAGUUACCUACCCCUGCUACUGUGUGUGAUUACAUUAUAAUUUAAAGUUAAAAAUAAAGUUAAAGGGACACUCCAGUGCCUAAAUUUUAUAAAACUAUUUAAAAAAAUUUAAACUCCACUAUUUAGUAGAUAUACCCCAAAUAAUGUGUGCAUUUUUAAUUAGGUAUAUCUAAAUAUAUAUGUAUUGGGGGGUGACAAGCUGCUCUUUUCCUCGUAAUUUUGUUGUAUUCAGGAGUUGUGUAUUUUGUUGUACCUAAUGUAACAAUGCAAUGAUUUGUGGACCCAGGACAUACUUGAAAACGAGAGAAAUCUCAAUGUAUCUUUCCUGGUAAAAUAUUUUAUAAAUAAAAAUAAAUAAGUCUGUUGAAAUAACAAAGCACUUUUUGAAGAUGAGGUUUGUAUUUGAGACCGACAAUUGAGACUGAGAUGUCAGUUGUGUGGUUAUAGAAAAAAGUUAUAGAUGCUGCACAUGAUAACCAAACUCUGGAGUGGCUACACUCCUAGAAUUAAAUAAGUGGAAGGAAAGGGCAAGGCACUCCAUGUUCUAUAUAUCUGCAUUUAAUCAGCUCACUAGAGUGGAAAUAAUUCUCUCCUGUAGUUUUAUGGCAAACUGUUCAUUGUUUGUAUUUACUUGUGUUCAUUGCAGAUAUUAAAGUAUAGCGCUGUAUAUUUUAACCACGUACUGUUCAAAAACUCGCUGAAUGUAUUGUAAUGCCACAAAUAUCGUUGUUGCCUUAAUUUGGAAUGUGCCAGACAAGUUUUAAUCAGAGCCGUUAUGGACAAGGGACAAUUGCUUCUGCACUUAUCUUUUUUUAUUCCUGAUUGUGAUAGAAUGGUAUCAAUGCAUUGGCUGUGGGAGUUAUGAUUAAAAAAACAUUUCUAAAGCAAAGUAGAAAAAAAUAAAGCAGCCAGUGCGCGAAAAAAAAAUAAAAAAAAGCAUUGGUUUGCAUGGUGAGUGCCCCAAUGUUAAACCACAACUCCUGAAUUUUGUUUAUGAAUUAUGUGACUCCACUGUGCUAUGACCAACAACUCAAGUUUAACCUUCAGUUGUUGGUUAUGUAUUGUUUUUUUUAUGCAAUGUUUACCAGUUCUAUAUUUGGUUAGGUUGAGCAGGCUGCGUGUACAGUCACAAACUCUCAAAAAUAAAAUAAAAUUGCUUUGACGUAGGAAGUGAGCUGAGUUUUAGCUAACUAAUGAUAAUGCUGGCAUUACAAAUCGGGACGUUGAGAGGUUAAACACCGUAUAUGCAGUAUUUCAUAGAGAAAAACUGCUCAUACAUACUUCAAGUCUCCUGAUCACUUCAGAUAAAUGAAGUGGUCAUGGUGCUUGGAGUAACCUUUUAUUGGGACAUCUUAUGGUACUUAGUCUGGCUGUAGUGAUGAAGGUGCUAAAACAAUGAUUGAAACUGUUUAAAAAAAUAAAUAAAAAAAUUGUUUGGUUUUUUUUCUCAAUUGCAGCUGAUAUCAUCUCUACGGUAGAAUUUAAUCAUUCUGGAGAGUUGCUGGCCACAGGAGAUAAAGGUGGACGAGUAGUUAUCUUCCAGCAGGAGGUCAGUAUGGACAAUCUGUUUGGACCAGUUCAACUUGUACAUGUGAUGUCAAAGGAACAAUCCAAGCAUCAUAAUCACUAGAAUGCAAUGAAACACAGGUUUUGGGUUUUUUUCAAGCAGUUUGGCAAAAAUGCAACAGUGACUGAUGGUGGGGUCAGUAAAAUUGCAGCAGUUAUAAGCAUCUAUGCCAAGAACUUCUAUGCACUAUAAUUUAUGAAAUGAGUGCUUGGACAAUUCUCCUUUAAAUCCAGUAAGAAGUUUUUAACCACCACAAAGAUAUUAUGCAUGAUAAAACAUUACAAUGUCCUUUUAAAGGGUUACUAUAGUGCCAGGAAAACAAAGCCUUUUCCCUGCCACUAUAGGUUCCUACAGUGCCCCUCUCCAUCGUUCCCCAACUCCCACGGUGAUGAGGGGGUUAAAACCCUUUCAGUCGCUUACCUGAAUCAAGCGCCGGGUCAGGGUUUGCCCAUGCUCCUCUGGCUGAUGUCGGCGGGGGAGACCUAAGGCGCAUGCAUGGCAAGCACCACGCUCACAUUAGGGUUCCCUAUACAGGGAGUGCAGAAUUAUUAGGCAAGUUGUAUUUUUGAGGAUUAAUUUUAUUAUUGAACAACAACCAUGUUCUCAAUGAACCCAAAAAACUCAUUAAUAUCAAAGCUGAAUAUUUUUGGAAGUAGUUUUUAGUUUGUUUUUAGUUUUAGCUAUGUUAGGGGGAUAUCUGUGUGUGCAGGUGACUAUUACUGUGCAUAAUUAUUAGGCAACUUAACAAAAAACAAAUAUAUACCCAUUUCAAUUAUUUAUUAUUACCAGUGAAACCAAUAUAACAUCUCAACAUUCACAAAUAUACAUUUCUGACAUUCAAAAACAAAACAAAAACAAAUCAGUGACCAAUAUAGCCACCUUUCUUUGCAAGGACACUCAAAAGCCUGCCAUCCAUGGAUUCUGUCAGUGUUUUGAUCUGUUCACCAUCAACAUUGCGUGCAGCAGCAACCACAGCCUCCCAGACACUGUUCAGAGAGGUGUACUGUUUUCCCUCCUUGUAAAUCUCACAUUUGAUGAUGGACCACAGGUUCUCAAUGGGGUUCAGAUCAGGUGAACAAGGAGGCCAUGUCAUUAGAUUUUCUUCUUUUAUACCCUUUCUUGCCAGCCACGCUGUGGAGUACUUGGACGCGUGUGAUGGAGCAUUGUCCUGCAUGAAAAUCAUGGUUUUUCUUGAAGGAUGCAGACUUCUUCUUGUACCACUGCUUGAAGAAGGUGUCUUCCAGGAACAGGCAGUAGGACUGGGAGUUGAGCUUGACUCCAUCCUCAACCCGAAAAGGCCCCACAAGCUCAUCUUUGAUGAUACCAGCCCAAACCAGUACUCCACCUCCACCUUGCUGGCGUCUGAGUCGGACUGGAGCUCUCUGCCCUUUACCAAUCCAGCCACGGGCCCAUCCAUCUGGCCCAUCAAGACUCACUCUCAUUUCAUCAGUCCAUAAAACCUUAGAAAAAUCAGUCUUGAGAUAUUUCUUGGCCCAGUCUUGACGUUUCAGCUUGUGUGUCUUGUUCAGUGGUGGUCGUCUUUCAGCCUUUCUUACCUUGGCCAUGUCUCUGAGUAUUGCACACCUUGUGCUUUUGGGCACUCCAGUGAUGUUGCAGCUCUGAAAUAUGGCCAAACUGGUGGCAAGUGGCAUCGUGGCAGCUGCACGCUUGACUUUUCUCAGUUCAUGGGCAGUUAUUUUGCGCCUUGGUUUUUCCACACGCUUCUUGCGACCCUGUUGACUAUUUUGAAUGAAACGCUUGAUUGUUCGAUGAUCACGCUUCAGAAGCUUUGCAAUUUUAAGAGUGCUGCAUCCCUCUGCAAGAUAUCUCACUAUUUUUGACUUUUCUGAGCCUGUCAAGUCCUUCUUUUGACCCAUUUUGCCAAAGGAAAGGAAGUUGCCUAAUAAUUAUGCACACCUGAUAUAGGGUGUUGAUGUCAUUAGACCACACCCCUUCUCAUUACAGAGAUGCACAUCACCUAAUAUGCUUAUUUUGUAGUAGGCUUUCGAGCCUAUACAGCUUGGAGUAAGACAACAUGCAUAAAGAGGAUGAUGUGGUCAAAAUACUCAUUUGCCUAAUAAUUCUGCACUCCCUGUAGUAAAGCUUUGUUUCUAUGCUUUCCUAUUGAGAUUUGAUGCUGAAUGUCCUCAUGAACAGCAACUUUUGGUCGCCUAACCACCCGGAAGUCCCUCUAAUGGCUGGUUGUUAGCGUUAAUCCAGAGAGGUAAUUAUUGCAAUUUCUCAAACUGCAAUAAUUACUACUGUGGGGUUAAGGGACAUGUAACAUUGCUCACAGACCACUUCAAUAAGCUGUAUUGGUUUGGGUGCCUACAGUUGUAGCGGGAUGGAGAACUCAAGUAUACUUUUUAUACCAUUUUGUUCGGCUGUCCGUAUGCCCAGUUCGUUUACCAAAUCCCCCUCGCUGUGUGGCCCCUUGUUCGCACCUUCAUAAUCACCGUCCACCCUUGGCUGUUAACCACAGAUUGGUUAUAAGUUCAAGUGCUUUCCCUGUGUGGCUGCCAUUUUGUCUCCCGGACGAGGGCAGCGGUAGAUGGUUGUGGACGGCAUGGAACUAUUUUUGGAAACGCGUCCCGGCGAACACCUGGGAAGCUGGUACCGCUGCCCAUCCAACUUCAUAAGUUAGGAGAAUGGCGUCCAGGAGGCAUAAACUACCGAACAGUGGGAGCAUUCGUACCCUAACAGCCAAGGAAUGGAUUUAUCAGUGUUUUUUUAUUCAAAUGGCAUUCCCGAACCACCGAUGGGAUCUGAGUGAUAUUUUGGCAACGUUUACGCUCAGAUCGAAGCUAGUCGGUGAUAUCACUUUCGUGGGGUUCUGAAGUUAUUAAAAUGGAUUUUUAAAAAAUAUUGUUAAAAAAUUGUGACUGAGAAACCCCAUGCUAGGGGCAAUGUAUAAAAUCCGUGUGUGGCAGGAAUAAAACCAGUUGUACUUCCAGAACUGUCUCGUCCAGUUGCUGGGGAGGAAACUUGGUGUUUUCUUGUUCCUGAUUUUACUCUUCCUGAUUUUAGCCCUACUAGGGCUCUGCUACAAUAGUGUCCCUUUAAGGAAAGUAAUAGAAACCAAUGUAACAUGUUGGUCUUUUUGUUUUUCCCCUGCAGAGUAAGAGUCCAUAUCAUAGGGGGGAGUAUAGCGUUUACAGCACUUUUCAGAGUCACGAGCCAGAAUUCGAUUACUUGAAGAGUUUAGAAAUUGAAGAGAAGAUCAACAAAAUUCGAUGGCUACCCCAGAAAAAUGCGGCACAGUUCUUGUUGUCUACAAAUGGUAAGUUUCAUGUCUUACACUGGCAAGUGCAAAGGUUAAUGUUUCAUUUUGUUUGUCUAAAGAUAGGUCUUGAAUUUAAGGGGUGGGCCUCAAAAUUGGCAGUUAAGCUUGGAGUGCUGGCCAUGGUAUAGUGAUCCUGUUUAUUAGUGGCUGCUUAAAGGACCACUCUAGGCACCCAGACCACUUCAGAUUAACGAAGUGGUCUGGGUGCCAGGUCCAGCUAGGGUUAACCCUUUUUUUUUUUUUUUUUAAUAAACCUAGCAGUUUCAGAGAAACUGCUAUGUUUAUAAUAGGGUUAAUCCAGCCUCCAGUGGCUGUCUCUUGACAGCCGCUAGAGGCGCUUGCGUGCUUCUCACUGUGAUUUUCACAGUGAGAAGACGCCAGCAUCCAUAGGAAAGUGAAUGGACUGGCUGAAUGCGCGCGCAGCUCCUGCCGUGCAUGCGCAUUCAGCCGAAGAGGAGAGCUCCUUGCCCGGCACUGGAAAAAAGGUAAGAUUUAACCCUUUCCUCUCCAUCCAGCCCGACGGGAGGGGGACCCUGAGGGUGGGGGCACCCUCAGGGCACUCUAGUGCCAGGAAAACUAGUGUUUUCCUGGCACUAUAGUGGUCCUUAAACAUAUCUGGUUGCCUGGUGUGAAAAGUAGCUUUCCGGUUCCUGGAAGUUCCAUGAUCAUAAACCCCACCCAACUAGGAGAGAAGCUGCAUGGAGUUGUUUUUCAGCUUCUUUUCAGUAAUGUUGAUCAGAACUAACUGGAGUAGAGUUUUAUGUGAAGUGAACUGAAUAAUGAAAUUAGCAUGAGUUGCAAGGUGACCUGAGAGAAAGCUGUUAAAAUAAUGACCGAUUGAGCUGUGCCAUGGAAAAGGGUCUAAAUACACCCUUGCAUCCACAUACAAACCACUGCACUACAUGUUCACACACAGUCCAUUAACACUAACCCUAGAUUCUGAGAUUUCACACACAUACACAACAGCAUUCAUAUACCUGCAGAUAAACAGUUGAAUUCAUAUUCUGUGCUAUGCAUAUUUCACAACACAGAGUGCAACGAGCACCAAGGCAGUAAACAUGACUUGAGUCAGACACAAAAAUUGUUAAAACUGGCAAGUACAUUUAAGGAAUGUAAAGAUGUGCAAUAUGACAAUCACAACCCAAACAGCAACAGGAGAUACCCAUUGACCUAAUCAAUUAUAUAAUGAAGGCUUGAAAUUGGCAAAGUGUGAGUGGGCAAUUAUAUCGAAUAUUGAUUUUAAUCAACACAGUUAACCACUUAAGACCGGAGGGCGUACUAUUACGCCCUAUUUUAGGCGUCUCUAAACGCCGCCGGGCGUAAUAGUACGCCCUCCGGUCUUUCAUUACUUACCCGGUCGCCGGGACUCCCAUGGAGCCCCCCCGUGCUUGCGAGGACCUCACAAUCACAUGGCCGGGAUAGCUGCCUCCUGCAUUGCCAGCAGGGGGGGGACUGCCUGUAUCGAUAGGUGGUCCCCCUGCUGGCUGGAAAUAAAAUUAAAUAAAUGUUAAAAGUGUAAAAAAAAAAAAAAGUUUUAUUUAUUUAUAAAAAAAAAAAAGUUUUAUUUAUUUAUAAAAAGUAUAAAAAAAAAAUAUUUUAAUAUCAAAUUACACGUAGACUGAUACUGAUUAACUAUAUAUAAUUGUUAUAUAUAUAUAUAUCAAUUAUAUAUAAUAUAUAUAAAAAAUUUAUUUAAAUACGUUAAAAAAUAAAAUUAAAAAUAUAUAGAUGUGUGUUCUUUCGUUCUAACUGUAUUGUGAUAUUAAUAUAUAUUUAUAUCAAAAUACACAUAGAACGAAAUAUAUAUCUGUAUACAUAUAUACAUAUAGAUCACUAUAUAUAAAAAAAAAAAAAAUAUAUAUAUAUAUAUAUAUAUAUAUAAACACUUUAAUUCUACAUAUAUAUUAAUUCUAAGAUAUAAGUAUCUUAAUUACAAUUAGCGGGACCUGCCUGACAACCCAUGCCAAAAGUAAAGGGAAUUUAAUUUGCUAGCACUAUAUUUAACCCUAUAACUUUCCAAGACACCAUUAAACCUGUACAUGGGGGGUACUGUUCUACUCGGGAGACUUCGCUGAACACAAAUAUUAGUGUUUCAAAACAGUAAAAUGUAUUACAACGAUGAUAUCGCCAGUAAAAGUGACGUUUUUUGCAUUUUUCAUGCACAAACAGCACUUACACGGACGAUAUUAUUGCUGUGAUACUUUUUACUGUUUUGAAACACAAAUAUUUGUGUUCAGCGAAGUCUCCCGAGUACAACAGUACCCCUCAUGUACAGGUUUUAUGGUGUUUUCAAAAGUUACAGCGUCAAAUAUAAGGCUUGUGUUUCAUUUUUUUCACAUUAAAAUUCGCCAGAUUGGUUACGUUGCCUUUAAGACCCUAUGGUAGCCCAAGAAUGAAAAUUACCCCUAUGAUGGCAUACCAUCCCAGGAAUGAAAUUUACACCCAUAAUGGCAUACCAUUUGCAAUAGUAGACAACCCAAGGUAUUGCAAACGGGGUAUGUCCAGUCUUUUUUUUAGUAGCCACUUAGUCACAAACACUGGCCAAAAUUGGCGUUUUUUGCAUUUUUUCACACACAAACAAAUACUAACGCUAACUUUGGCCAGUGUUUGUGACCAAAUGGCAACUAAAAAAGACUGGACAUAACCCCAUUUGCAAUACCUUGGGUUGUCUACUAUUGCAAAUGGUAUGCCAUUAUGGGUGUAAAUUUCAUUCCUGGGAUAUUAUAAAGUCCCAAAGGCAACGUAACCAAUCUGGCGAAUUUCAAAUGUAACGUGCUAUAUUUGACCCUGUAACUUCCCAAAACGCCAUAAAACCUGUACAUAGGGGGUACUGUUUUACACAUGAGACAUCGCUGAAUACAAAUGUGUAUUUUAUUGCAGUAAAAACAAACAGUAUUAUAACAUUGACAGUUAAAAUGUCAUGUAGAACUAAAAAAAAUUACAAAAAAUCUUAUUUUCUCCCAUCUUUUUCAUAUUAAAUUAUGUUUCAUAGCUAAUUAUUUGAUAUUAAAUGAAAGCCCUGUUUCCCCUGAAUACAAUGAUAUAUAAUAAGGGUGGGUGCACUUAAUAUGAAAGAGGUGAAUUACGGUUGGACAGACAUGUAGCGCAAAUGCCAGGUUUUGUUUACAUUUUGUUUCGUUCACAACGUGUACAUUUGGCUCCGUCCUUAAGGGGUUAAGAACUAUGUUGUGCCUUUCUUCUAAUUGUUCCUACCAGAUCCACCCCUCUGGUGUUUUUCUAAGAACAUUUUAGGCCUUUUAUUAGCAUUUUCUUUGAUCUGCACAAAUAUUUCUUAACCUUAAAAUAUUGUUGUUUGGUGAUUUUUAUAUGUAAUAUAGUGUUGGGAAGGACAAUUACAUGUUUUUCUUUUCAAUGUAUAUUCUCCAUUUUAAUGUACAGUAAUACAACUCCUUAUUUCCACUUUAGAUAAAACAAUAAAGCUAUGGAAAAUCAGUGAACGUGACAAGAGACCCGAAGGUUACAAUCUAAAGGAAGAGAAUGGGAGGUAUAGGGAUCCAACCACUGUAACCACUCUCAGGGUGAGCUCAGUUAUCUCUUGUGUCCUAUGCUCUUUUUGAACUGUGUAGAAGAUACAUUAACCAUUAAUGGCAUGUAGUACAUUUUAUCUGGAUAAUGACCUCCUUUUUAUAGUCCUAUUUUAUCUUACUUUAGGUUAGUUUUGCACUCUUGAGUGUUGAGAACUAUGGUUCUUGGUAGCUGUAGCUGUAGCAAUUGGAGUGUCAUAAAUUGAUUUACCUGUCAAUUUAUUUGUGUACAGAUGCAUAAUACAUGGGGUUUGUGAAAUUCGACUGAUUUUGAAGACCUAUGUUUUGUUUAAUAUCAUCCCAUUUUUCUCUCUGACAUUGACUUCGACAUGAAUUUUUCUUUUUUAAAUCUUUUAUUCUGUUUUCUUUUGUAGGUGCCAGUUUUCCGCCCCAUGGACCUGAUGGUUGAAGCAAGUCCUCGAAGGAUAUUCGCCAAUGCACAUACAUAUCACAUUAACUCCAUCUCUGUGAACAGUGACUAUGAGACUUAUCUAUCAGCAGAUGACCUGCGUGUCAACCUGUGGCAUUUGGAGAUAACAGACAGGAGCUUUAGUAUCCUUCAGUUUAUUAUUCUUCAUUCCACCAUGAUUCCAUAUUAAUUUCAUAGAAAGAUCGUACACAUUAUUCUGAUGUUGUGCAAGAAGACAUAUUGGUCUCAGUGAAGUGACUGCAAAUAGUACCUGUGAUACUAAUGAUAAGUCAAAGUGGGUGUGCAUGUGUUGAAGCAGUCAGUCAGCAUAGAACCACCAGUUUUAGACCCUUUUUCCCAUGUGCAUUAAUUAUUUCGAUAUUCAUUUUAUCGCCAUGUUCGCUGAGAUGGAACAUAUCAAAUGUUAGUCACGUGUGGGAUAACCUACUCUUUUCAUUCAUUGCUAAAUAUUUAAAGGAACACUAUAGGGUCAGGAACACAAACAUGUAUUCCUGACCAUCUAGUGUUACAACCAUUAUCUAGCCUCCCUUGCUCCCUUAAAUAUAGUAAAAUCUUACUUGUAUUCAAGUCUGAUGGCUCUGCCUGCGUGGCUGAUAUCAUCAGAAGUGACUCUCCGAGCCAAUCACAAUGCUUUCCAAUAUAAUUGGCUGAAAUUGUCAAGGAGGCAGAUCAGGAACAGAGCCAGCAAAAGCCAAACACAGCUCUGGCCAAUCAGCAUCUUCUCAUAGAGAUGCAUUGAAUGCAUGCAUCUCUAUGAGGAAAAUUCAGUAUCUCCAUGCAGAGGGUCGAGACCAUAAAAGGCAGUGCUGCACACUCUUCAGCACAGCCACAGGAAGAACCUCUAGUAGCCAUCUAAAGGAGUGGCCAGCGGAUAUAUCCCUAAACUAUAAUGUAAACACUGCCUUUUCUCUGACAAAACAGUGUUUACUGCUAAAAGUAUGAAGGGAAUGAUUAUACUCACAAGAGCAAGUUCAAUAAGCUGUAGUUCUGGUGACUAUAAUUUCCCUUUAACAAUUAAAAAAAACAAAAACCACACACAUUGUCUUUUAUAAUAUCCAGGUAUUUUAUGUGUAAUUCCUUCAUUCACCUACUUCAGACAUCGUAGAUAUUAAACCUGCUAACAUGGAGGAGCUGACAGAGGUGAUAACAGCAGCUGAGUUUCAUCCACAUCACUGCAACACUUUUGUAUACAGCAGUAGCAAAGGCACCAUCCGUCUGUGUGAUAUGAGGGAGUCUGCUCUGUGUGAUCGCCACUCUAAGUGUAAGUACACUGCCAAGCAAAUUGCCUUUGGAAUAAUGGUGCAAGUGACACUCUAAGCAUCAAAACCACCACAUCUUAAAGCUGUACUUGUGGAACACAGCAAUGUUUACAUUUGUCCAAAAUCAUGUUUCUAAUGUAUGAAGGGGUCUCAGGGAAGCCAUGUAGUGAAAUGUGUCCGGCGGGCUGCUGCACCAAUGUCUUCUGCACAUAUGUGCCAGCUGCCCGGCUUGUAGGAGGGCUAUGUCCUCGGCUAUAUGAUUGGCGUCGGUGUAAAUUCCAAGUUCGCCUCCACCGAAUCAGUUGUGGCCUUCUAGGUGUGUUUGGCCACAGUUCGCUCCAAACACGUGGCCCUCUAUGGAAAGCCUCUUCCUGACAGUGAAGAGGACCCAGCAGGCAGAACAGGGACAAGUUAGGUACUGAUGGCUCACUGACUGCUGCACCUGUGCACUCUCUGAGCCUGGACCAUAAACCCUAAAACAGCCUGUCUAGACCUUGCAAGAUGUGGAACAGAGUGUCUCCAUGCUCUGGCGAGCACAUGCAUGUGCCAUUUUUGGAAUGUGUCUGGCAGCUUGUCUGGUAAUGCAGGUUUCCACUGCAGCACUGUAGGUGUGCGCCAGAAUAAUUCCCACCAGGGAAGACCCAUGGAGUCUCAGAAGCAGAGACUGCAGGUGUGGGGAUCUGCCGUGUCCCUCACACAAUUUGUCAGCUCGCUCAUAGGCUGCAGGUCUGCCAUUCAAUGGGAUGGCCACACAGGGCUGUACCAGCAGGUGAACGCGCUCCACUAAGAGCCCACAGGCUUCAGGUGAGUGUAGAUUAUAAGAUGUGGACCGAAUGCAUAUAUUUUAAUAAUAUGUUACUAAUUAUGUUUGUUUUAUCAGAGCCUCACAAACUCAGUGUAUUUUAUUUACUUUUUUCCUUCUUCAUCCACAGUGUUUGAAGAACCUGAAGAUCCCAGUAACAGGUCAUUCUUUUCAGAGAUAAUCUCUUCUAUAUCUGAUGUGAAAUUCAGUCACAAUGGCAGGUACAUGAUGACCAGGGACUACCUGUCUGUCAAGAUAUGGGAUUUAAACAUGGAAAGCAGACCAGUGGAAACCUAUCAGGUAACUAUGAUUUGUCACAUGUAUUCAUCCCCUGUUCUGUACAUGUAUUUUACAUAGGAUAUAAUGUAAAAUUGUGUAAAAAAAAAAAAAAAAAAGACUGGACUAUUUAGAGCUCCAAUGUUCUGUGUACUGCAACUUAAGUUAAAACUAAUUUUAAAAAAAAUAAUUCAGUUUUAAAAUUUGGUUGAACAAGUUAUUUGCUAAAUAAAAAUAGAAGAAACCCAUAAUUAAACUUUUGCAGCUGUUAACCUGAUCCCAUUUCACUGGGUACAGCAUCAAUGCUACUACAAUUUAUUGUAGUUGUUGCCUAGAACAUUGAAUGCAUAUGAUGGGGUUGGAGAUACAUUUUUUUUAAGGGUCCACACACAGGGUUUUAGAGUCAGUAUGUUACAUUACAGCAGCAGGAACUCUAUCCAGAAGGUAAAUACAUAUUAAAAGCUCUUUAUUUGAAAGCUAUGUGCAUAUCCCUUUACGUCAGAAGUCCUCGUUAAUCUAAUUCAGCCAUAUCACUCACCAGUUUGUCAAGUUAUAUUGUUGGUUCCUAAAACCAUUUCAUCUCUUCCAUUACUGCUGUAUCUGGCCCCAAAAAAACCUGUAAAUUAAAGGGACACUAUAGUGUCAGAAAAACAAAUCGGUUUUCCUGACACUAUAGUACCCCAAGGGUGCCCCCACCCUCAGGGUCCCCCUCCCGUGGCGCUGAAAAACGCCUUCAGUAGCUCACCUAAUUCCAGCACUGGGCUCCCUUACCUCUCCUCCCCCGCAGACGGCAGCAUCCUUGUCUGACGUCACAGGAGCCGAAUGCGCAUGCGCGGCACAGCCGUGCGUGCAUUCAAAGUGUCCGUAGGAAAGCAUUUUUCAAUGCUUUCCUACGGACGCUCUGCAUGAUUGAGGCAUUAUAUGCCUCAAUCAUUGCAGAUGCGCCUCUAGUGGCUGUCCAAAAGACAGCCACUAGAGGCUGGCUUAACCCUAAAUGUAAACAUAGCAGUUUCUCUGAAACUGCUAUGUUUGCAUCUGAAGGGUUAAAACCUGAGGGAUCUGGCACCCAGACCACUUCAUUGAGCUGAAGUGGUCUGGGUGACUAUAGUGUCCCUUUAAGUGAUUUAUUUGCUUUUCAGGACACAUAAGUCACUAGUACCUGCGGUGGUGUAUACUUAUGGUGCAUUAUCAGGGCUCAAAGAAUAAAUGUAAUUAAAACAAUUAGUAAUAGUCUGCUAUGCAGGUAACAUCACAAGUUUUCAUAUAUAUAGAUUUUUAUGGAGACUGUUGUUUUUUCAGUAGGCAACAUUUAAAGCAUACAAUUGCUUAUAUUAGUUGUGAAUACGCUAAUGAUUGCCAUUCCCUGGCAUUGCUUCUCAAUCAGAAUUAAGGAAACCGCACACAUAUAUAAAGAUAUACUGUAUUUUAUGUAAUAUAAGUAUAUUUUGACUAGAAUUUUAGGAAAAAAUAAAAUGACCUGUACAAUAAUUACAGUAGACUCACGUUUGUUUAUAGGGGAUGUAGUGUAUGCCUAUAGAGAGAUGUAGCAAGUGUGUUUGUUUGGGGAAUGUAGCGUGUUUAGGGAUGUAGUGUUUGUGAGGUGUAAGGAAUUCAAUGUGUAUAGUGCGUGAUUUUGUGUGUAAAUUUGUAGGGUGGGAUAGUGGCUGUGAUCUUUGGGGAGGGGAGGGCAGGGGGGUGAAGAGCAGCUUUAUAUUUUAUUUAAUGUUUCCCCUCCCUGCCUCUUACCUCUGGCCUGGGAGUGAGACACAGAAUUCCCUGGUGGUCUCCGGUAAAAAGCUGCUGCUUCAAAUCCCUUCUGGUACAGUGCUUCUGUGAGGCGCAGCUUGCACCUCUGCAGAGUGCAAGCUCUUAUUGUGAGCCCCAGCUUGUGCAGACUUAACGUAUUACCGUGGUAACACACAGCAACACUGGCAACACGGGUUUGAGCGCCUGGCAGAACCUGAGUUCUGUCAAAAUUUCCAUCUCCCAUUUUCACGCCAAAAAGGCAGUUUGGCAGUGAGACUUCUCAUAAUACAUAUUCUGUCUUAUGGACAUUUGAAUAUAUGUAAUUUUAUGGAUAUAUGUCCUGUGCUUUUUUUCCCAGGUACAUGAAUACCUCAGGAGUAAGCUUUGCUCCUUAUAUGAAAAUGACUGCAUCUUUGACAAGUUUGAGUGCUGCUGGAAUGGGCCUGACAAGUAAGUGAUUUGUGCCUUUCUACUUCUGAAAUGUAGUUGUAUCAGAGUGCAGCUUCAAUUAAAAAAACGAAAACACAUCCAUUUCAUUUCUUUUUCCACUUGUCUAAUAGAAAUCAGUCUGCGUUCACCCACUGGCCUUUUUACAGAUAUUGCUGCAUUCAUGCACGCACACAUUUACACCAGUAUUGUUAAGUCUGGUCUCCCUUAUGUUGAUGAACUUAAACUUUCAGAAUUCUUUGAAUGCAAUAGAUGGGCAGAGAAUUAUGGAAGUUGCGGUCCAACAACAUCUUGGGGCUGCACUUUGACAACCCUGCUUUAGACAGGCAAGCACCACCAUAAACAUAAUGGAUUUUAAGCUUAUUUGAGCAGGAACUUAUUCUCCUCUUGAAUCUGUUAUCAUUUUGUUUGACUGUGUUGGAAUUUCACUGAAAGUCCAACCUAGUCAAGAUAUACUGAUCAACUUGGGGAUUACUCUGGCAAAAUGGCAGUCUAGCCUUGCCAAGCUCACAAUCUUCACUAGUGACUGCUGAGGGGAAUGGAAUCUGUCUAUGGAAGAUCUUGCAGAAUCCUCCAUAAACAUCAGUGCUGUAGUUUUCUGCAUACACCACAAGGGUACAGUACUGACAUCGGCUCCUGGCAACUGAAGCGCCAGAAGCUAAAGAGUACUGGAUGGAAGUCCAUGUCGCAAGGGACUGAUUCGGGUAAGUAUAAUUCACCUUCCCCUGCAAACCAUGGGUCACCUGAUGCUCAUCUGUUGUGCUGCAAUGUCACAGUCGGGAGGCGUUGCAAAUUAUGCAGACUUCAGACUGAUAGAGCCACUUUAAAUACCUUAUUAUAAUUGCGUAAACAUGCAUAAAAAUUUGGAACUGCAUUAAUGCUAAUAAUGCCUAUGGUGAGUAAUCUUCACAAGAUACCUUUACUUGUGUUUUUUUGUUUUGUUUUUUUUUUACUAAUGCUCUUUUGAAAGAUUUUGAUAAGAUUUUGACUAUACAUUGUGCUAGCAAAUAGUUGUUGUUUUUUCUCCCACUUCUUGGUUAAAUCUUCAGCAUACACUAUAUUCUAUUUAAAUGACAUGGGGAAAGCAGAAAAGACCUCCCAUAGGAGGACCUUCUGUUUUCCCAAGCAUAGUGACCACAGUGCAUGUGGUGCAGUUGUUAUGGAAACUCCCUAUGGAUAUGGAUUGCCUUCCUAAAAAGGAGACAUGGUGGGUGUUACAUAAAGAGUAACACACAAACUGGGAAAUGGCGGCCCUGGAUCGCUGUAUGGUAAGUAUAUCUCGGUAUUUUGCAUUGAAUACAUCAUAUCUCUGUAUAGUUAAUUUAUUUGAGGACAAUUAAGCCGAAGUUCAGAUUUAAAAUACAUUGUUUUAGUGUCAUUGAUGUUGAAAUUUAGAGUCAUGCAGUGGAUUGUCACCUUUCUGGUGCUAACUGAAAUCUACACUUGCUUGAAGUUAAGCAUUUUCAUACAUACUUUACAUUUAUGAUUGCGUAACUUUAAUAUUGAUGCUGUUUGUUACAGACAUUUUCUAACCGCAUCAAUUUAUUAGUUACAUUAAAUUAUUCUAGUUUGGGAAUAUGAUCAUGUCAUGUUCUGCAGGAGAUAAUGACAUUACAUGUUCACGUUUUGUAUUGCAUCUUCUUUUUAGUGUGGUUAUGACUGGCUCAUACAAUAAUUUUUUCCGGAUGUUCGACCGCAACACCAAACGCGAUAUCACUCUGGAAGCAUCACGGGAAAACAGCAAGCCCCGUAUGGUGCUGAAACCUCGCAAGGUCUGUGCGAGUGGCAAGCGAAAGAAGGAUGAAAUUACAGUAGACAGUCUGGACUUCAACAAGAAGAUCCUGCACACAGCCUGGCAUCCCAAGGAGAACAUCAUCGCAGUGGCAACCACCAAUAACCUGUAUAUAUUCCAGGACCGAGUUAAUUAGCCCUGGCCUCUUACUGCAGGACAGUCCCUAUUCCAUCUAGUUCCAAUAGUCGAGCCUAGAAUUCGUACCCUGUUCCAAAACUGAAGAAAACUUACGACAGUGCGGGAACUUUUGCCAGUCCCUCCUAGUCUGACUUUUUCCAGUGUUUAAGGUGCCAUCAAAUAUCCUUUUUUUUUUUUUUUUUUAUAGCUGCGCGGGGUAAACCCCUGCUCCUGCCGUGUUAUCACCCAGUUAAGGGAACGGUUAGGUUUACUGUACUUUUGUUUUGUUAAAUUUUUUUUUAUUUUUUUACCAUCUCGUCUGAUGUGUAGAUUUCAUUUGUCUUUUUCUGUUAAAUUUUUUUUAUUUUGUGAUGUCAGUUACCAGUCUUCUCACUAUAGUAUUUUAUUUUUUACUUUUUAGGCUGGAAAGUGGUGGGGAACCUUAAAGUACCUUUAUGGGUUUAAUAAUGUAUAACCUUGUGACUCCUACCCCCUCUUCCCCUAAAGCUUGUUCAUUCUUUUCGUGUUCAUUUUAAAAAAAUAUAUUAUUUACUCAAUUUUUUUUUUAUUUUUUUUUUCCUUCUUUCCCUGUCUGUUGCUUGUACUGGAUUUCUUGGCCAUACCCUACACCCCUUUCUCAAUCCAUCCUUCUCUACUUGCUGUCCCUCUUCCUCUCCUUCCCCAUCCUGCCCUGCGCUGGUGUAAAUCCAACUGCUACAAAGCACACAGGGAAAUGGGUUGACCUUGGCAGGGUUGAUGGGAUAAGGUUAUUGCUGAAAGCUGUGUCUUGAUCACAUGUUUUAAUGACAACCUGACUGUAAUCACUUCUUGCCUUGUCUGGCACUGAAGGGGGGGGGAAAGACUUUAAAAAAUUUAAAAAAGCCAAAAAACGAAGGAUAAAAACUACUGAAUAAAAUACAAAUGAAUAAA